AUGGCCUCCGAACCCGAUGAUUACCAGACUAUCAGCGACAAUUGUCCAGGGUACAUGGUCUUGAUCUCGGAGGGUAUAAUCUGCACUCGCUGCGCAGGGGAGAAACGUCACAGGCCGAAUGAUUGCCCGAAACCUACAACUGCUGCGGAUCUAGCCACAGAGACCUUUUUGGAGGGAGAUGCAACUGGGGACGACAAUGCAGACCCGGGGAUGGAGUCUCUCUCGGAUACGAGUAGUAUAUUUUCGGAGUCGACCGCUCGCUCGGAGAGCUCAGAGAUGCAAGUGACAGAUGCGCAUCAGUCGGACCAAGGUGGUAGCCACCAGCAAGACACCCAUCUACCAAGCCGCGGCUUCGCACGCCCCGAUGGCAGCCACACAGAUAGUGAGCCUGACCGCACCAGCCCUUCGCCGCCAAAUCGUCGAGCCGAAUUCAGAGUCCCCAAAGUCCCCUUGAACGAACCCAGCCGAGCCCCCAAGAUCUUCGUUAAAGCCAACCGUCAAACACCCAAUACAGCUACCACCCACAAGUCCGGACUUGCCAACACCACUGGAAAAUUUGAUUACGACAAUACAACAUGUCCCAGCUCCUUUGGAUUCGGACGACUCCCUUCAGAAGCCAUGGGCUGA